AUGGCGGCAGUAGAGCGUGUCUUAAUGGAGCUGACGCGACUAAACGAGGAUAAUUUAGCACCCUCUACUCCCUCUUCAUCGCCUUCUUCAUGUGCUUCAGCUAUGAAACAAUUUUCCAUUGUCUCAGCGUCUUCAGUAGCUCCCGAGGCGGUGGUAAUCGUACCCCACCAUAACCCCACACCAUUUGCAUUGCCACGAGUACGUCUGACAUCUCCAUAUAAGGACCAAGCAAUAGUCAAGAAGGAAUUGGAGAAAAUAUGUCAUCCUCUAUUCGCAUUAGAACGUCUAGGACCUUUUUCUCGUGGCUGGAGAGCCAAUACGAAAAAGGUUACGGUCUCACAAAGUCGGUUAUUGGCACAAAUGCCCAUGUCGACACCUCAUCAGGAACUAUUUCCGACACGGGAAUCAAUAGUGAAAGACCCGUUGAAGCUUCAAUACAAAUUUCAAGCUGUAAACGUCUCAAGAACAGGAGAAAACAUCACAUUUAGCACUGCAUUAAGCAAACAAGAUGAGUACGCUCGAGGUACAAUGAGCAAAAAGCCUUUUUCUCCUGGAGGUGACUCUCUCGUGGAGCUAGAGACGGACGAGACAGAAAAUCAGCUGAAUUUUAUGCAAAAAUUAUUGCUCAAAGAGGAGGAACAAUAUCGAAAUCUCCUCGUGUUAGGAGACGGUGAUGAACUGGAUGAGAAUCUACUGAAGAGUCUCGUGUUUGAAGUCCCCGGUAUUAAUGGCUGCUUGACUGCAGAAGAUGUGAAAAAGAUUGAGAAAAAUGAAGAUGAAGUGGAGGAAGAGGAGGAAAUUAAGAUAGUAGGAGUGAACCCCAAGUCACUGCUUUUGCCUUAUAUUGAAGCUGUAACAGAUAAAGAUCAUGUGGCUGCUAUCCAGAGUGCUGUUAUGGAUGAAAAGGCUGCGAAUGCAAUGAGGCAGAAUGAUGAAAACACGACGGUUGGACUGGACCAGCUGCUGCGGGAAAUGGAGGAUGAUGGAGAAUUGAUAGAGCUGGGCUUCUCACUUGAGGUUGAAGAGCAAGAAACUGCAGAGGACGACAAGCACAAUGAAGUUGAAUCGGAGCAAGUGAGUAUGACCGCCAAGGUUGCAAAAUCUGGAGCUGAGUCUGACGGAGCUACUGGUGAAGAGGACACACUUGAAGAUCCAGAGACUAUACUGGAGUCAAUUCUUGAUUUAUCUUUCGAGUCGACAGCCUUAACGUUGCACAGAAAAACGGGCUCGAUGAUGGAGUGGGCAAGCAUGGUGAGCGUCGAUGUGCGCAACUUCCAUGAAAAGGUACCGGAAAUGGCCAUGAAGUACGAGUUUGAAUUGGACGUGUUUCAAAAAGAAUGCGUGAUCCAUUUAGAACGGCAUGAAUGCGUGUUUGUAGCCGCACAUACCUCUGCUGGCAAGACUGUUAUUGCAGAAUAUGCCAUUGCGAUGUCUCAGAAGCACAUGACUCGUACCAUUUACACAUCACCCAUUAAAGCGCUUUCGAACCAAAAGUACCGCGACUUCCGCACCAAGUUUGGCCCUGACAAUGUUGGCUUAAUUACAGGUGAUGUCAGCAUCAACCCUGACGCAAGUUGUCUUGUCAUGACAACGGAGAUCCUGCGUUCAAUGCUCUAUCGUGGCGCCGAUAUUAUUCGCGAUAUUGAAUGGGUUAUCUUUGAUGAGAUUCACUACAUCAACGAUAGUGAACGUGGAGUAGUUUGGGAGGAAGUGAUAAUUAUGCUUCCCGAACAUAUCGGUAUGGUGUUUUUGUCGGCAACCACUCCAAAUCACUUGGAAUUCUCGGAUUGGAUUGGACGUACGAAGAAGCAGAAAAUUCACGUAAUAUCUACUACUAAGCGGCCCGUCCCCCUCCAACACUUUCUUUAUUCUGGAAAGGCAUUAAUUAAGCUAUAUGAUGCCACUUCUGGGUAUCUUCCUAAUGCUCAUGGUGCAGCCAAGGCAAAACUUUACCCUGCGUCAGAAAAAUCAAAGUCAGGUGGUCGAGGCGGUGGAGCCGUAUCUAGGGGUGGUGGUAGUAGCGCAAACGCGCGUAGCAUUCGCACGUCGGGAGGCAAUCAAGGAGAGUGGACGAAGCUUAUCAAUACCUUGAAGGACAAAGCACUUCUUCCAGUGGUAGUAUUUGCCUUUAGCAAGCGUCUGUGCGAGGAGAGUGCAAGUAAGUUGGCUAAGCUUGAUCUGAGCACGCCAUCGGAGCGAUCUGAAAUCCACCUCUUUCUUGAAACAAGUGUGCAAAGACUUCAUGGAUCUGAUCGUGAGUUGCCACAGGUGCUAACGAUAAAGGAAAUGCUCAAACGUGGCAUUGGUGUGCACCAUGGUGGUCUGCUCCCAAUUAUCAAGGAGAUGGUCGAAAUCUUAUUCGGCCGUGGUCUUGUCAAGGUGCUGUUCUCGACAGAGACGUUUGCAAUGGGCGUGAAUAUGCCUGCUCGUACGGUUGUGUUUAACGGAAUCCGUAAGCACGAUGGAAAGAAUUUUCGAGACCUUUUGCCCGGCGAAUACACACAAAUGGCUGGCCGAGCUGGCCGUCGUGGUCUGGACUCGGUUGGUACCGUUAUCAUUGCAUGCUGGAACGAUAUUCCCGAGCCCACAUCGCUGAGGACAAUGUUAGCAGGAAAGGCAACGCCACUUUCCAGCCAGUUCCGCCUGACAUACAACAUGAUUCUGAACCUAUUGCGAGUGGAGGUGCUGACGGUGGAGGAUAUGAUGAAGCGCUCGUUUUCGGAAUUUCACACACAAAAGGCGCUUGCAUCAAAGAAUAUUCCCAAGUUAAUCCAAAAGGGUAAGAAACUGCUUCAGCAACUUGAGCGGUCUCUAGUGGAAGACUAUCCGCACCUUGAAGCGAGUGGAGAGCUUGCACAGAUGCAGGAGUUCUACCAGCUUAAGCGCACUAAGCGUGAACUGGAAACGAAGUUGACGAAGUGGCUGCUUGCAAACAACAUACAAGCUGCCAAAAAUGCGAUCGCACCUGGUCGAAUUGUGAUUCUUAAUGUGAAGGGGCUGUCGUCUGAUCAAUUGGCACUGGUGGUGCGCACGAAUGCUGCAUUGUUGGGCGAGGGUGGAUCUGCCAGGUCAAAGCUCUCGUUCGAAACCGAUCUUCAGAGCUCGACUGUUACUGGCGGCGGACACAAGGGGGUAUUCAAGUCAAUUAUGGUAAUCACACUCUGCCCAGACGACUACCAGCCUCCAAGGGUGGAGAAACCAUCAGCCACCAAGAAAAGUUUUCACAGCCUUUUGGGGAGCGGGCGUCUGUUGCGUAGCAAGAGGGAUGAUGACGAUGAUCGUAUGUUUGGGAGGGUAGCCAUGCAGGGAAAAUCUGCGAGCCAAGAAAGCUUGGAGCUCACGGCUCCAUCAACCGCUACGCUCUUAGGAGUAAAGUACGCUGUGCUGGAAGUCCCUGAGAGCUGUGUUGAGAGUGUCACCUCUAUUGUAGCCUCAAGUGUAAACACGAAAACGCUCGUGGCCUCGUCAUCGAAGAAGGAGCUUGCCAGUAGUAUUGUUUUCCUGGUAAAGCUCGAGAAGGAUGCCUUAGCAACGCAGAAGGCAGCCAUUGCUUACGUCGAUUUAAGGGGUGAACUCAAGGUCAAUGACCUCGAAGUCGCGACAGGCUACGCGCAGUGGCAGCAGUUGUACUCGAUGGUGCUUAACCAUCCAUGUGCAACAGAUUCACCAUCAGUUUCUCGUGUCAUGGGCAAAGUUGAGAAAACUUUCAGGUUGAAAGCCUAUUUGGUACGGAUGACCCGAGAAUUGUCGAAUGACUCGUUGUCACUCUUCCCAGACUUUCAACAGCGACUAAGUGUGCUGAAACGACUCGGGUACAUUUCAGAAGAUGGUGUCGUACAGGUUAAGGGUCGGGUAGCGUGCGAGAUUAACACGUGCGAAGAGCUGGUGUUGACAGAGAUGAUUUUCGAAAAUGUGCUAGCGAACCUGGAGCCUGAAGAGAUUGUUGCGAUAACUCGCGAUGUGGUCAAGAACAUCGCAGAAUCGCUUGGUCUCAUCCAGCUGGAGCAGCAAUUGGAAAUUGAUCCUGCAGUCUACUGCAAGGGUGCUCUCAACUUCGGCCUGAUGGAAGUUGUUUACGAGUGGGCAAGAGGAAUGCCGUUCAAGCAACUGUGUGAGCUCACCGACGUUCAGGAAGGCUCUAUCGUGCGCUGCAUUACACGUUUGGAUGAGAUUUGCCGUGAAGUACGCAAUGCUGCUCGCGUGAUUGGCGACCCGCAGCUUUACCGCAAGAUGGAAGUCGCAUCUGAGGCCAUCAAACGUGACGUUGUGUUCGCCAGCAGUUUGUACCUGUCCUAG